AUGUCGCAUGUUGAAAUGGUUUCCAGUAACCUUAAGCAAAUUGACUAUAGGCAAUUUGCCCAAAGUCCUGGCCAAAUGCAAGAUGUGCUGCUUGCUGAGAGCUUUGUGCAGCAAGGGAUAUGCGAGCUCAAAUGCUACUGUUUGGAGGCAUGUGUUGGCGCGUUUCCAUCGCUGUCGCUUUUACAAGACUCGCUAUGUUACAGCGCUUACCCACUUGACACUAAACGUGAGAUAGAUUGUAUUAUUCAAAUAGGUGCAUCCGCACACGGAUAG